CGUAACGGAUCAUACUGCGAUGUUCCUAAGACUCACAGUAGUUGUUGAUAUUGAUUCAAGGGAAUUUGCCGCGAAUGGUUCCUGUGGAAAAUAGCAAUGAUACUCAUCGACAACAUCGAAGGAGAAAGAAAUGCCGAUGCCGUCGCGGAUGAUGUUUUCGUGUAAGUACGCAAAUGCUGUUCGAACGGACUGAGGGUGCGCUUUCAUGGAGAGCUUCCAGCGUGGUAAGGUACGGUAGUACGCAUUACAAAUCCACCUUGGUAGUAUCUGCAUCAGAAUUGUUCGACUUGUAGGACCGGAAUUAAUAGCCAACGAAUCUAGCAACAAGUUAUUAAAGGAACAAACAAUAGUUAAGAGUGCGACACAAGUAUUCACGGAAUUAAUUGCAUUCCUUCGUUCAUCGUGAGUUCAAUAGUGCUUGUAGUAUGAAAAGAAUACUUUUGCCCGAGACAAACUCUGAUUGAAUAUGCUAUGAUUGAUCGCGACAGCAAUCCAAUCAAAGCAACAGGACUGUGACUUACUAGCAGCAGAAGAAAGUUGCAAGUUUCAGUGACGAGUCAAGCCCCUCCUGAUGUCUGUACCAGGUGCUCCAGGUAGUAAGAAGCCGCACACUCUGCGACAACAGACAUUGAAGCAAACACCUUUUGUUCUCAUAACAUGGUAUCAUUCUAAAAUAAAGCUAUUCAUCCCGAUGAGCUACUAGUAGCUUUUGGUUGUACGUCCUUGCUUUCUUCAAAUUUUCUGGCUUUCUUAUACUACUACUUCUACUAGAACUCCUCUUUGUAACUCCUCAAUACUACUACUAGUAGCACAGUAGAAGAAGUUGCUGUUCAGGUGUCGCCAUGACGACGCAACACCAGUAGGAGGUACUAGUAGUACUAUUAGUAUAGAGGUACAAAAUGGAUCUCUCUGCGGUAUUCAUUGAGUAACGGCUUGAGACUCUACUACCAUAUUGCAUUUGCAAACCUUGCAUUGGCUUCGUAUUAUUGGUGGUACUAUUACUACUCUCUACUAGCAGUACUACUAUUCCACUUCCGUUCUUGUUGUUGUUGCUGGAUGCAAUUUUUCGAAGGACAGAAUUAGUCUCUCUUCAGUGGAGGCACUCGGCGAAAAAUAUCCCAACACGUGAUUUAGCCAAUCCCGAUGCAUUAACACAACAAUCAACUAGUCCUCGGUGCGAUCUUGUUCCUGUUGUCCACGGCAUAAAAUCUUGGUAAGUGAUCGAAGUUUCCCACUAGAAAGAAUGUCGCGGUCCUACUCGCGCUCGCCGCGGAAGCAGCUCGAUCAACUCUUCGCCUUUGAUGCCGGGUGCUCCCUGGUAUUUGGAAUCGUCGCCCUCUUGGCGCCCCACAAUUUGAUCCGCAAGAUAACCUCGGGGAGUUACAACCACUCGGUGCACGAGACCUUUCGGUAAGGAACGAAACAGUGUGUUUGGAUUACGGUAGACCGCAUUACAGGGUGCGGAAUGGGAACAUGCCUCUGUGCAAUCGAAUAGAAUGGAAUUCUCACCAUGCCCUGCCUUGGCAACACACACGCGACCGUGCCACAGCCUCUACGCCUGCCUCCGGCUGGCCUGCGGCUGGAUUCUCUGGCACGCCCGGGCCGUGGACGACGGUCGCUUUCGGAAGCACAUCUGCGAGGCCCUGCUGGGCUGCUACCUUCUUCAGGCCCUGGCCGUGCUGCGGGCGGAGCUUACGCUCGGCAGAUCCGAGAGCUGGACGCCGGUCAACUGGGUGGCGAUCGCGAUUUUGUCGGCGCUGGGGGGUGCCUAUGGGUCCCACCGGUUCGGGAGGGGAGGCAACUCCAUCAAGAUCUAUGAGCUUCCAACGGGACACAACCUGCAAUGACAAAAAUACCUGUGUCAAAUAUUGUCUAUGUAAUGCCAUUACGCCUGGUUGUAUGAACAGCUCGCAAGCACAUGGGUGUCAAUGCCAAAGUUGCACACCGUACUAGGAACAAGCAGGCCUAUUAGAGAGUUACCGAACACACGGGGGCAAAGCAUCCUUGCUGGUACAGAAGCCGCAACUGAUAAUACGUGGAAGAAAGCAUAGAGUACUGUGGGUGCCAAUGCAUACGGAUAAUGCUUUCAAUCGUUAUGUGGCGAUGCUGCCUGCCUCAGUCAUCUCUGCGUGAAAGACAAUUUUACUAUACAUAGCACCAAGUAAACAUAGUUCAACCUC